AUGCCUUUCAAAGAGAGAGAAAACAUUUGCAACUUCCUUCGUGCCUGCCGCACGUUUGGAGUGCAGGAGUACGCACUCUUCUCAACCGACGACCUCUAUGAUGAGAAGAAUUUGAUGUCGGUUGUGAACUGCCUACAUGCACUUGGUGGAGCUGUUCAGCGGUCUGUGCCAGGCUUUGUAGGCCCACACCUUGGAGUCCCGGAUACCUCCAACACCAAGCGAGACUUCAAGCGUGAUCUGGGUCCCGUGUCGCAAACGGGAGGCCUUAGAGGUCCUUUGGAGCGAUCGCAUUUGGAUAUGGUCUCCAACUCCAACGUGCGACUCUGCAGACUGGAAGGGGUUUCAAACAGUGUUUCUCCUGGUUUCUUACGGCAACAUAUACUACUCGCAGUUACUGUGCAUCUCGCAUACAUAUGA